AUGCCUGUCCUAUUUCCAAACUUUGAUCGAACGAACAACGAGGCUCAACGUCGGUCUUCCUUUACAAUGCAAGACCAAAAGAACACCCCAUUGAAGGAACCUUAUGAAGCUACCGACCCUCAACAUGAGACCCGCAACUUAGAAGACGCUGGCGGUGACGAGGGGGCUGCGUCGCCCAAUAUAAGAAAUAGUGAGCCGUCACCUAACAGCGAUAUAUCGAUAUCAAGUGAGGCACCUACGGAUACUGAUGAGACACAUCACGUUACGUCCACUAUGCUCCUCACAGUGACCGAAGCCCUGACUUUGGUUGUCGUCGAUCAUACUGCCUGGUAUGAGCUUACAGCAACCCUCGAUGGAGGUAGCGAGGUGCCGACUUCCAGUAGCGAGGUUCCAACUUUUAGUAGUGAGAUCUUGUCUCUUAUUCACAUGAUUCCACUAAUUAACACCCCCACGAUGUUGAUACCAUAUCACUUCUCAAAACCUGGACCACAUCAGACCUCGUCUGCGAAGCCACAGUCUUCCUUCUCUACCGCUGAAUGGGUUGGCGUCAUAAUGGGCAUAGUCUGCAUUGUCGUCAUGCUAUUUUUCUUCCUUCUAGUUCUCUUCCAGCGACGUCGCCGAGCUUCACGUCCCGCGGAAAGUCAGAAUAACAUCAACAUCCACCUCGAUAAUGCCCCCCCUCCUGUUUCCCGAUGGUCAAGAUCAGACUCUACCCGAACAAAUGUUACACCAUCUAAUUAUACCGAUAGCAGGGAGCUGAAAACUGCGUUUGUGCCACGUCCAUUGGGGGUUGUGAGCCCACCUCCUCAGUAUCAGGGAGAUCAAAAGUACUGGACAGGCGAACGAGAUUUGGAAAUUCAGGGAAAUAUGGGAGAAUCUUCGCGAUCAAGAUAUGCCGAAGCGUAUAGUUCUGCUGUCUACAAUGACCCCAAAUGGAAGGGCAAACAGCGUGAAGAGUUCUGA